UCGCCAGGACACUGCUGCUAUUUCUGCGGACUUCCUAUUUUACAUCUAAACAUUAAUCAGUUUAAAGGUUAUUCUGGAAUUAAAACAGAGUGACAUUAAAAUAUUACAUGGACAGUGUGGAAAUGAAUAAUAAUAGACUAUUUUAUCUAUUUUUCUCAACUACUUUAAUUACUGCUUGGGGCAAGCCACUGGGUAGACGAAUGGACGGAGCUGGGACCGGCCAGCUAGAUGAAUAUUUUGCUGAACAAUUUGAGCUGGAGGAGGACAUUAGCAGCUUCGACUUCAGUGCAUUUCUUGAAAUAGUUAAAGAUGUUUUUUUGAGGAGUCUAAAUUUUUCGGGAGUCCCACCCCAGGAGCAAAAAAGAGUGGAGCCACCGCAAUUUAUGAUUGAUUUGUACAACAGAUACGCAAGUGACAAGUCAUCCAUCCCGGAAUCAAACAUAGUGCGCAGUUUUAGCAUCAAAGAUAUCAGCUCUACAACUUUGGAAAGUAAGACUUUUGUGCACAAACACAUAUUAACAUUCAAUGUCUCCAUCCCGAGAUAUGAGGAAAUUAUCCUUGCUGAGUUAAGACUGUUUACUUUUUGCUCAAAUGGACGUGGAACCACAAAGGGAAUGGAGGGCACUUUUCUUAUCAAUGAUGUGGACAGCAGAGAAGACUGGAAAGGCAAUGAGUUGGAGUUAAGGUCAUCCCCUGUUGCUUUUAAAGACAUCAGCAACAAAGAUAGCAGUUGGGAAUCUUUUGACGUGACCAGUGCCAUCAAACGUUGGGUUACAACAGAUAAAGUUCGGAACAAACUUGAAGUUCAAAUUCAGAGUAAAAAAGAUGAUGUCAUUUGGACCUGUGGCAACUUGUGUUUCAACUGCAGCAUUGGAAAAAGCCAAAAUAUGCCUCUUUUAAUUGUAUUUUCAGAUGACAGAACUAAUGGAUCCAUGGAAGGAAAAGAAAAACUAAAAGAAAUGAUUGCUCAGGAGGAAGAGGAGCUUGGGCAACUUAUCCACAGUAGUACUUUUAGAGGUGAAGGCAACUUGGAGACAGAAGAAUCAGCACCAAGAAUCAAGAGGAAUGCAAAGUCCAGCCACUGCAGAAGAACAUCCCUGCGUGUGAACUUUAAAGACAUUGGCUGGGAUACUUGGAUUCUAGCACCCAAGGAAUAUGAAGCUUUUGCCUGUGAAGGUGCAUGCUACUUCCCUCUCACUGACAAUGUCACUCCAACAAACCAUGCCAUUGUACAGACCUUAGUGAAUAUGAAAGUCCCGAGACUUGGGGUUGAAAAGGCUUGCUGUGUACCUACCAAGCUAGAGCCCAUCUCUAUUCUCAUGAAUGAGGAUGGUAUACCCACCUUAAAAUACAGGUAUGAAGGGAUGACAGUAGCAGAGUGUGGCUGCAGGUAAUCGUUUGAAAUAGAUAAUUAUAACUAAGACAGAGACCACUGAGUAGAAUGACUGGACAUCACUUCUCAAGUCCUGGCUAUGCAAACUCAGAGUAUUUGUUAUGUCUGGAGGAAAGGGACCAUGACUACGGAUAAAAUGUGAAACUAAAAACGCAGGAUUAUGGGCUUAAUGAUUGUUAAUUCUGGAUACUGAAAUACAACAAACAUCAUUCAUCUUCAAAUAAAUCUGCACGGAAUUAUUGUGUUUAGUUUGCAAAUUAAGAAAUGUUAAACUCCUUGUCAUACACCUCUGGUGCAGGAACGUAUAUGCAAUGAACAUCUGUGUAGAUUCCAAGUAUCAUUUCAGCAACACUGUUUAAGACAGUAUAUAUCUAUACAGUUUAUGUUGGUUAUGCAUGACACCUAUCUCUUAUUAAACAAUCCAUAGUUCUCAGCCUGUUAGAGUAAGAAUUCUGUAGAAAGCUAAAAAUAAUGUGUGGACAAAGGCCCCAGUCAGUGACAGACUGUAAAUAUGGUUGUCAUAAACUUAGCUGACUGAAUAAUAGGUUGUUAGCAUGCAUUUUGCGACAGAUCCAAAGCCGAAACUCAAAUGUCUGCCAUUAUUUAGUGAUAUCAGUCCUCAAUGAUUUGCCAGAAAACCACACAUUUUACGAGGAAGAGACCAAAAAUAUAAGGCAAAAAUCUGGACAGACUACAAAAUUCUGAACAGCUGAGAAAUAUGAACCAAACUGUUUUGAGAAACUGUAAGCACUUCUAUGAAGUAUGGAAGACAAUGCAUACUAUAAAAAUUGUUUUAUUAUUAACAGCAAGUGUUAAUCUUGUUUAAUGUUAGUAAGGGAAGCAAUGAAGCAAUUUUCAAAUAAUCUAAUUCAAGAAAAUGAUCAACAUUCCAAUACUUGUUGUAGACUGAUGUCCAGAAAUCCUUGUUUAAAAAUUCCAUAGUCUAUUCAAGUAAAAGGAUGUGCCUUAUCUGUGCCCUGUGAUAAAAGGCUAGCUUGCAGUUUCAGGACGAGUCGGGCCACAUCAUUGUUGAAGGGAUGACUAUUUUUACUGUUUUAUGGCAAGUACUUGAAUUAGAAAGAUAAGAUUAGCUGGCUUACAGAUUUAUACCCAACAAAACACACACAC